UUAAAAAUUGGAAAUUCUGGGAGGAGGUUUGAGACUAUUCCUGGGAGAUCUGAUGGCAAACUGAGCUGUAAAUUUCCUUCUCAGCAAGAUUGCUAUCUCCUGUUCAGCCAGAGGCAGGGGGUGCGGCCGGAGCUCUGCUAAUGUGCUGUGAACUCUCCUCUCAGAUGGCAGGGACAGCACGCCAUGACCGAGAGAUGGCCAUCCAGUCCAAGAAGAAACUCACCACGGCCACGGAUCCCAUUGAGAGACUCCGACUGCAGUGCCUGGCCAGGGGCUCUGCAGGUAUCAAAGGACUUGGCAGAGUGUUUCGAAUUAUGGAUGACAAUAACAACCGAACCCUUGAUUUCAAAGAAUUUGUAAAGGGGUUAAAUGAUUAUGCUGUGGUCAUGGAAAAGGAAGAGGCUGAAGAGCUUUUCCGGAGAUUUGAUAAAGAUGGAAAUGGAACAAUAGACUUCAAUGAAUUUCUUCUCACUUUAAGACCUCCCAUGUCCAGAGCCAGAAAAGAGGUAAUCAUGCAAGCUUUCAGAAAGUUAGACAAGACUGGAGAUGGCGUCAUCACAAUCGAAGACCUUCGCGAGUUGUACAAUGCAAAACACCAUCCCAAGUACCAAAAUGGAGAGUGGACAGAGGAACAGGUCUUCCGGAAAUUUCUGGAUAACUUUGACUCACCCUAUGACAAAGAUGGACUGACACACACACACACACACACACACACCAGUAGGGGAUCCUACUAUACUCUUCAUAUGUAGCUAGGCACAUUCCUAUGAGAUAGGCUGCAAUAAAACAUAUAUAACUUCAAAAUGAGACCACGAUUCAGUUUUCUGCUACAAAUUCACAAGGCUUUUCAUGACGUUUUGGUGGCUUUUACAUUUAUCCUUAUGGGCAUCACUAGUCAUCACCCUUUGCUACGUGGAAAUGGCUUAUCAAAAAGCAACUUUUGAUAAAGGGAAUUUCAGAUAAGAGAAUUUCCCCUGGUUCUUCUCUUUUGCAUGCUUUGAGAUUUACUUGCAUUUCUAAAUUAAAAUGAACUUGAAAACAAAGCAACCACCUCGUCUCCAUUAGCUGUUAUCUUUAAGUUACAAAAGCACAGCAUACUAGGGUAAGGGAUUAUAUUCAAAUCAUUGUAUCUGAGAUGAGAGGAAGAUGUCAUCUGUGUUUUAUCAAUAGCCAUAAAUAGAUUGAUUAUUUAUUUAUCUAUUUGCACUGGGGAUUGAACCCCGAAUGCUGAACCACUGAGCCACAUCCCCAGCCCUUUUGUACUUUUUAUUUAGUGACAGGGUCUCACUAAGUUGCUUAGGGCCUCGCUGAGUUGAUGAGGUUGGCUUUGAACUUGUGGUCCUUGUGCCUCAGCCUCCUUAGCUGCAGGAGUACAGGUGUGUGCCCAGCAAAUGAACUUAAAAGCAACAACAAUGGCAAAACCCAAAGCCAGUUUUCUUGGGUGACCUAAGGGUCGUGGUUGUGGAAAGGGGAUUCUCUCAUUGGCCUCGGUCAACAGCAGUAGAACCUAAGGUUGCCUCUUAACCCCUUGCAACACCAGAAAAGGUAAGUGGGGCACUGGACAGGAAGAAGAGGUGGUGUUUACGGGAGGAAAGAAAUAAGCCUUGCCCUCUGAAGGGAAUUUCCCCAAGCUUUUGCCAUGAAACUUUAUCGUGAGUUGUAGUGUCAAGGGGUGGGGGACAGGAAAUACUGAUGUUUUCUUGUCAAGGAUAGAGAAGUUCCCUCUAUUCUAGGUCAAGGGAUUGUAGAGGUACAUAAAAAAGGGGUCUAGAUUUUGCAGAGCAGCCCGAUGCUUAGGACAGAAACAACGGAACCGUGCGUUUUCUUCCAGUACGACUGGCUUUUGAUCUUGGAGAUGUCAGUGGAAAAAUAGCCAACUGCCAUUUCCCCUCAUUGGCCCAACUCCGGGCAGACCCCGGGUGCCUCUUGCCUCCUUCUGCAGGUGGUUCCUCCUCACUGCCAGGGGAAACCUCAGCUGCCCUUUUCUCCAACUCACACAGAAGAGCCAGUUGUUGUGAUUCAGAUGAUUUAAAGUCCUUCCUCCUGCCCCUUUUGACAUUUAUCUUAAUCAGCCACAUUAAUCUCUCAAAUACUCUCAAAGGUUAUUGGUUUUUUUUUUUUUUUUUGCAGUUACAGCAUUUGAUGCCACCUGAAUAUCACAGACCUUGUAGUCAUAGCCAACCCAGAGUUCCCCAUCAUCACUGGGGGAUGUUUUAUUAAGAAUGUAUGCUGCUGGCUGCCCUGCAGAACAACAGAGCCCAACUUUUUUCUUUUUUUUUUUUUGGUGAAGCCCUAGGAUUUACAUAUUUAAUAAAUGUGCCAGUUGUCUCCUAUGUACAUUCAAAUUUGAGAUCCUUAGCUCUCACAAAUCAGACAUUCCUGUUUUUAAUUAGUAAAUGCCCAUCAAUAUGCACAUGAACCUCAAUUAGCAUAAUGAUAAAUCUGGGCAACAUUUAUUGAGCACUUAUUAACUGGGCAUUAUGCUUACAGGGGCUUAACCCCGAAAGGGCUUAUAGGGGUUUCUCAUUUAAUAGGCAUGAUAAAAAUGUUCAGGAGAAAUGAUUCAAACUUUUGUACUUUGAAUCAUAUUUUAAAUGCAUAGGAAUUAUUGAUACAGAGAAACUUUAUAGUGAAUUUUUUUUAAUAAAGAAAAUAAGUUGCUUUUGUGCAUAUACUAUUUAUUUGUAUUUGUAGACCACAGUUCCACUAUUGGUUCAGCCUUUUGUCCUAAGCCCCCCUUUUUUUUUUGUGGGAUUAGGGGUGAGGGUAGAGGGUAAGACAAGGAAGAUAAACUGUGGGUUCUGUGACUUUUUUUUUCUUUCUGUUUAUUUAAAAUUUUGGCAAAAAAAGAAAAAAAAAGGCAAGUGGGUCAAUGAACUCCUAUGAUCCUUGGAAGAGAUAGGCAUGCUACCAAAAAUGUGGCUCGGGAAGAGCGUGCUGUUAUGGACAGAGGUUUUUGGUUCUUUAUGGAUUUCCCUCUUUGUGAUGUUUUCAGUUCCUAAUGAGUGCUGAAAAUUGCGGGUUAAUUAGAGAACAAUGAAUUUCCCAAUCAGCCAUCAAUAUUGUGCCUGCAUUUGGAAUAUAUGAAGAUCUGUGUUUUGGGAUAAAUGAGCACCUUCAAGGUCCAGCAGGACACAUCUUUCCUGACUCAGCACAUCAUAUCAGUCAACACGAUUGGAGUGCACACAUUACCCACUCUCAUGAGCACAAAAGACUGACAGGUGUUUUUCUUUCUUUCCAAAAAGAAAGUACUAUAAAAUCCUAGUAUGGAUAAAUACACUAUGACAUUAUCUUAAUCAGCCACAUUAAUCUCUCAAAUACUCUCAAAGGUUAU